CUGCUUGCCAACCGCCAGUAUAGAAUAGAAGAAGAAGCGCUCACGGACGUUAAUGCGAACGCUCACAUGUUAAGAAGUAAACAUAUUUGUUUCACGCUGAUAGUGUUUGUGUUGUUAAAUUAAAGGCUAGACAUUCCAAAGAUGUCGGCAUCGUUGAUUAGGAGAGGACUGGAGCUGCUGAGCAAUGACAUUAAAGAUGACAACAAGCUAAAGAAGAAGAAGCAUCCAACCCCCAGCUCCGCCACAGUGAAGGGGCUGGUGAGUACCAAGCGACAGGGUGUGACCCGGCAGGUCAAGCGGCUGCAAGGCCGCCUUGGUCCCGGCAAGAGCAAAGCUACGGUCAAAGACAAGAGGAUCAAGUGUGCCGUGGACGAGUUCCGGAAGAAGCAACGGAAAAGUGCCAUGAGAGAGAAUCUCAAAUACUUUAUGAGAACCGACUUCAAGGCAGAUAAAUCUGACGUGUCAAAGAUCCAGAGCCACUUAGCAAGAAGACAGUCCAGGAAUCGCCCCAGUGAGCAUCGUCGGGAGGCCAAAGAUACAUCUGUGUUCACAGAGGAGGAGUUUCAGCAGUUCCAGAAGGAAUAUUUUGGCGCGGCCAUCGCGACAAAGAAAAAGAGUUCAUCCAAACGAUAAACUCUCAGGAGUUUUGCUGGACCUGAGAGUGGGCGCUUUAAAGUGGUGCUAUCCAGUGUUGACCGCGCAACAAGGAAUUUGUAAAAGAUCAAGCUGAAUGCGUCUCUAUGGACUUUGAUUAUUGUUUUUAUUGUGGUUUCAGCAGACCUUUUUCUAGUAAAUGAAUACUCUGGAGCAACAGCUGUGAGUUUUUAUGUCAUUUAAAAUGAAUUAAUGUCUUUUGCUGGUAAAUAAAAUAGUGUGGUGGCCCACAAUAUAUAACUCAAUGUAAUGUUAUGUCAUUCACCAAGACUGAUGUAUUAAUGUAUAAGCUAAAGUUGACCACCAGGGAGCAGUGUUGUCUACUUGUUCCCCCUGUAUGUGACCUCGCCCUGGGUUCAACAGCCAUAAAAAAUACACUGGUCUUAGGUUGAAGUGAUUUUAAUGUAAUAAUGUGCCAACAGUAGUGCAAUAGCUGCUUAAGUUACACACGUAGGCUUUCACAGUAAAGUGAAGUCUGCUCAUUUGAUAGCUAGCUGUAAAUGUUUGCAACGUGUACGCCCAAGCUAGUGUAAUGUUUUACUCUCGGCUUACUGCCUAUACUAAAUUUACAAAGUGUGUGCCAAGUAGUUUUCAAAAGCAACCGAUGUUCAAAAAACGUCUGUAAUUAAAAAAUAAUUA